CUUAAAUAUCCAUAGUCACAAAAUGUCUCCAAAUUUGGAGGGACCAGUUCCUGAAGAUGAACCAGAGGAAGAAAUAUCUAUUUUCCUAACCCCCAUUUCGAAUCAUAGUUCAUCAUCGUCCGAGGUAAAUUUCACAGAAGACGCUAUUCAAGAAGGUGAAAUCGAUGUUAUCUUGUUGCCAGAAGAAACUGUUCACAUUCCUUUGGAACAAAAUUUGAGAGAGCUACUGGUCAAAGUAACAAAUACUGAAGAUCUCUCGACAGUUACGCAUAUCAAACUGAGAGUGAUCUCUAGAGAAGUAACUUUGCAGCAUCUUAGCAUCUAUACCCCCGCAUUACGGGAACUAAUACUAGAUGGAAGCAUGGUAACGUCUCUAAGGGAUAUAGGAGGAGGCCUGAAAAACUUAAAAAUCCUCAGGGUAAACCAUUGCGGCCUAACCUGUAUAGAUGGCGUAUUUGGGAUUGAUACUUUAGAGGAGCUAUAUGCUGCUGAUAAUUCAAUCACCAAUUUAGCUCCCUGUGCGUUCUUAGCUAAUAUCAGGAUCGUUGAUGUACGCAGGAAUUUCAUAUCUGAAACAAAUCUGGGAUACUUGAGUUUGUGUCAAAACUUGGAAGAGCUUUCGGUAGAGGGAAAUCCCGAAAUAGGUUCUCGUUACAGAGAAAAAAUACUUCUCCUUCUGCCCUACCUCAAAAAAAUUGAUGGAGAGUGUACAAGAAGGGCGUCUCAUCCAGAUAGUGAUAUCCAUCAUAAUUUGGCGACGGAGCAAAACAGAAGUGGUUUCAGUAUACAAUUUCCACCUCGAGUUUUCUUUUGAAUCUAAUAAAAACGAAGAUCAC